AUGCCUCGCUUGUCGAGAAAAUCUGCUGAGCAACGACGACGAGAAGCUGCAAAUCGGGCUCUUACUUACCGCCAAGAAAAUGGCAGCGAGGUUCGCGAGAGAAAUACGCAACGCAUGGCAAAUAAUCGGCAAAAUGAUUUGGAAAGACGGGAAAGGGAUCGUAGACAGGAAGCACUAGCACGUGCUAGACGACGAGCCGAUAGAGCCUACAGGCUACAGGAGCAGCAGGCCAACUCUGCCCAACAUAUUCUUCGGAGACAGGAUGACGCGUUCAGGCAGCGAGAGCGCGAACGGGACGCAGAAGCCCACUUCGUUGCUCGCCAAGAUCCUGAUUAUCGUUCGAUGGAGCAGGAGUUCAACACUGCUCAGCACAUCGCUCGGAGACAGGAUGACGCGUUCAGGCAGCGAGAGCGCGAACGGGACACAGAAGCCCACUUCGUUGCUCGUCAAGAUCCUGAUUAUCGUUCGAUGGAGCAGGAGUCCAACACUGCUCAGCACAUCGUUCGGAGACAGGAUGACGCGUUCAGGCAGCAGGAGCGCGAACGGGACGCACAAGCCCACUUCGUUGCUCGCCAAGAUCCUGAUUAUCGUUCGAUGGAGCAGGAGGCUAACACUGCUCAGCACAUCGUUCGGAGACAGGAUGACGCGUUCAGGCAGCAGGAGCGCGAACGGGACGCACAAGCCCACUUCGUUGCUCGCCAAGAUCCUGACUAUCGUUCGAUGGAGCAGGAGGCUAACACUGCUCGGCGCAUCGUUCGGAGACAGGAUGACGCGUUCAGGCAGCAGGAGCGCGAACGGGACGCACAAGCUCACUUCGUUGCUCGCCAAGAUCCUGACUAUCGUUCGAUGGAGCAGGAGGCUAACACUGCUCGGCGCAUCGUUCGGAGACAGGAUGACGCGUUCAGGCAGCAGGAGCGCGAACGAGACGCACAAGCCCACUUCGUUGCUCGCCAAGAUCCUGAUUAUCGUUCGAUGGAGCAGGAGGCUAACACUGCUCAGCACAUCGUUCGGAGACAGGAUGACGCGUUCAGGCAGCAGGAGCGCGAACGGGACGCACAAGCCCACUUCGUUGCUCGCCAAGAUCCUGACUAUCGUUCGAUGGAGCAGGAGGCUAACACUGCUCGGCGCAUCGUUCGGAGACACGAUGACGCGUUCAGGCAGCAGGAGCGCGAACGGGAAGCUGAAGCUCACUUUGUUGGUCGCCAAGAUCCUUUUUAUGGUUCAAUGCAACAGAAUGCUAUAGAGAAGGCGAGCGAAACCGUGAUGCAAAAAACCGUAAAAUUGCAAGACGAAAUCGAAGCACAAGAAUGCGGGAACAGAAUUUGA